GCUCAUCAGUUGAAAACCUCCCCUCGCUAACAACCCGCAGGUGAGCAAACAAUACUCUUCACAUUUUUCGCCUCAUCUGUGAUCUGUACAGCGACAUCGAUUCACGGCUAUGGUGAAUGACAGGAUCCAGCGGGGGGCAUACCUCUUGCGGCUCUGGGACACCGAGCGAGUCGCUACAAGUGCUUCCGCAUAUCCAUCCGAUACCAGAUAUAAAGAUGUGAAAACGGAGAAUAAAGAUGAAGCUACGCUUCGGGAGCGCCAGAUCUGGUGGAUUGAGAGAGUACCCGGGGAUGAAGAGAAUGACGAACAUUCCGAGAAGCAGAAAUACACAAUAACUCACUGCGGGAGUGAGCGGGGCUUGGUCAGGUCUGGGCAGAAGGCAACAGCAUACAGAAUGCAUGGGAAGCCCGAGGAGCACUGGAACUUUGUGCCUGAGUCUUCCCACCCCCGACACUACCGGUAGGGCUGUUUUUUUCGCCUGUCUUGCAAAAGGACCCGACACUCACGUUUAAUCUAGCACCUACUCCAUUAGGGGAGACUCUAGUUCAUCCCAACUAACGGCGUCUUCAGCCGAUAAAACGGUAGAGCUGACCCUCGAGGCGGAGAGGGUUCCCCGAAAACUCCAGACAUGGGAAUUGAUAUUUCCCACACCCUCUAUUCCAACUGGAUGGUUCCGUGUGCGGAAUGCUGCCACGGCCGCCGCUCUUGCCCACCGAUUUACACACAUACCCCCCUUCCUAAUCCCCGAGAACGAACAACGGGCGGAAGAGCCAUGCAACAUGAGAUGCUGUAACGGCAACUGUGAUAAAGCCACACAGUGGACCCUGGCCCAUGGCCAACUACAUAUUGACUCUCUAUCAGGGGGGAACUCGACAUCCAAUCGUUACCUCUUAAAGAAUCGGCUCACGGGGGGUUUCCUUGCGGAUCGUGGUGGGCCGGAAGGCCCUGCUCAGGUCUCCUGCUGGAGCAAAACCCAGACCCAAUGGAUAGAGUCCGGUAUUGCGGAAAGCUGUAUCUGGGAGGUGCAGGCUGCGACCCCACCGGACAUUUGGGAACUUCGGAAUAGGGCGACCCGUCGUGUGCUUGCCGAAAUUAUCAACAAUCAGUACGUUAGAUGUGUGAACAGGCCAGAGUGGAGCCAACCUACCAGUUCACAAUGGAGGGUCGAGUGAGUCGGUCCAAUCUUGAUAACCCGCUUAGAUUAUCUGUCCAUAGCUUACUGACGAUGAUGCCUGUGGAAAUAGUCCCCUUGAUCACCAUCCCCACAUCGACCUGGUAAGUCGCUGAACCAGGGUUCAUUUCCGGUAUUAUACAUAGUAUCAUAGUAGAACAAAUAAGUCUGACUAAUGCAUCAAAGCUAGAUGACGAGCUGCCCCCCUACUUCUCCCCCUGAAUUUAAGAAAAAGUCGGGGGGUCAUAAGCACCCCAAACCGGGUAAGAAGUAAAACGUUUAGCCUCGAUCUAAUGUGGAUAUGAUACUGUGGCGGACCGUUUUCCGCCAAAUUUUUGCUAGACGCGAUACCAAACGAUCCGCUAGUUUUUGUCUUUUUUAUUUUCUGGCUAUGAUAUCUACUUGUACUAGCGUCUACUUUCAGAUUCAUUUUAUCUUAUUUUUUCUUCAUCUUCCCCCCUCCCCCCCCACCAUUCACAACCCCACCACCCCACCUCACAGAGCUCAUUCACCAGAUCUAUCGAAAAGAAAAUUUAAUGCACCGUUUAGUCCCAUUUAUCCAGAGAGUUGUUUUGGACUGAAAGGGGG